AUGGCUGCCGUUUCCAACGAAAGCGAAUUGCAGUCUCUAUUUGGAAAGGGCGGAAUAGUUGCGGUUGUUCAACGCGUGAAAUCAGAUCUGGAUAAUGUGGCUACUACAACAAUUGACAUUGCAGUGAUAGGAGAGUCGGGUGCUGGGAAAUCAUCCUUCCUCAAUGCUCUGGGUGCGUCAGUCGUCAAAGGACGUCGAGCUUCAGCGGCUGAAAAAGAAGGAGGAAUGGAGCCGAUACGGUACCAGCUCCCCAGCGAUGAUGCAGUCAGUCUCUGGGACCUCCCUGCGAUCCAGACCAGGAACUUUGAAGCCGGCGCCUACUUGAAGAGUAUAACAUUGGAGAGCUACCAUUGCUUCAUUGUCCUCAGUAGCGCUCCUUUUGAAGAAACCGCAUGGCAACUGGCCAAGGAAAUUCAGGAGACAAAGAAGAAAUGCUAUUUUGUACGAAAUAAAAUAGACUGUCUCCUGGAGACUGUGAAACAACAAGAACAAAGCCAGUACGACGAGAAUAAAGCUCUGGAAUAUCUCCGGAACACUUCCACUGAGAGAUCCAAGAAGGAGGGACUGGAAUCGGUGCACAUAUUUCUGAUCUCCAGCUUUCAUCGAGAUAAGUUUGACUUUGAGAAACUACAGCAGGUGCUAAAGGUGGAUCUCCCUGCUUUGAAGAGGCGCGUCCGUUUACAGGUUGUAGAGAACCACGUGUCGUCACUAAUCCAGAAGAAGACAGACGCCUUUUUGGCUGAAAUUUGGAAGAUUGCUGUCGCGUUGGCAUCAGCUAGAGCCGUGUCAAUCCCAGGGGCUGGUGUUGUUUGUGACAUUCCCUUGCUGUUCUAUUACAUUUCCUCUUACCGUACCUCCUUUGGUUUAGAUGACGAAACCCUCAACAUACUGGCGUCAAUGUUUGGGAACGAGAUCGAGGAGCUGAAGGCAGAAAUAAAGUCGAUACUUGCGCGAGAAUUUACCCUCAGUAGUAUCGCGAAGGAGCUGCUACAGAUGGCAGGAGAGGAGAUAGUGGAGAGCACCGUUCUGCAAUUCGUGCCACUGAUCGGCCAGGGCAUAUCGGCCAGCCGUUCCUACAACACAAUCACCGCAUAUCUGAAGAAGGUUCUGCAGGAUCUGGCGGAGGACAGCAAAAGAAUAUUGAAGAAGGUGUUACAGCUGGACGAGGGAGAAUAG